UUUACAAGAACAUUGCCGGGAAAAUUAACAAAUUUACAGAGAAAAGUGUGGGAGAAUUCAUGGCAAACUGGCUCAGUCUCCACCUCCUCGUGGCGAUUCUCACUAUCACCAUGGCCACCCUUGCCGCCACCUCAACCGCAAAGUCACCUCAGCCCCCGCCGGCGGCGGGGAUAUGGGACGAGAUCAUCAAGAACAUAACCGACGUCCUGACCAACGCCGGCGACUUCGGAAUUUGGGCCGAUCUCCUCUCUGCCGCUGCUUCAUCAAACCUGCCGCUCAGCGCCACCCUUUUCGUCCCGAGUGACGACGCCCUCUCCCAUCUCGCCACCAUCAUCAGCUUCGACCCCUUCAUCAUCCCCUACCACAUCGUCCCUCAACGCCUCUCCUUCUCCGAUCUCCAACUCUUCCAAACCCGCGCCCGAAUCCCAACUCUCCUUCCCUCCAACUCCAUUCUCAUCACCAACAACUCUCGCUUCAACUUCACCAUCGACGCCUCGCCCAUCACCCGCCCCGACCUCUACGCCAACUCCGACGUCUGCGUCCACGGCCUCAAGACCAUCCUCGACUACUCCAUUUAUGGCGCUGAAUCAAACUUCUUCGCCCCGCCACCGCCGUCGGCCCCCGAAACUGUGGCGCCGCCAUCUGGAGAAGAUGAUGCCAUGGGGUGGAGGUUGUCGAAUGCUCCGGCGGGGUGCCUGUGUGCCGAGUUUCCGAUAAUGGUCGCUUUCUUGAUUGUUCGUGCUGCCUUUUCGUUCAAGAUUCUUGGGUUUCUUGGUGCAUGUAGAUAGGGUUUGCAUGGAGUUGGU